UUGCCUAUCUCCUCUCUCCCUGUUGUAAUAUCUCUGUUGCAUUGCCAUUGCAUUUACAAAUCACAAGACCCAAUCCCAAUUCUCUUCUUGUCUUCUUACUUUCUUUUUAUGUGAAACCAGAAUCACAGAGUUUGCGAGCUAUAAACAAUAGAUUCUCCUCUUUUCUCUUUCUUUUCUCUGACAAAAUAGAAAUUAAAUGAUGGGUCCAUUUGCUUUGGCAGCAUUUUUUUUUGUUAUUGAAUUUUGCCAGCAAGUGCAUGGAAGCAGAUGUGAUCUUUACAAAGGAAAAUGGGUGUAUGAUGCUUCUUAUCCUCUUUACAAUUCAACUAAUUGCCCCUUCAUACUGCAAGAAUUCAAUUGCCAAAGCAAUGGUCGACCUGACCACCUCUAUCAAAACUAUAGAUGGCAACCCACUUCAUGUAACUUGCCAAGGUUCAAUGGCAGAGACUUUUUACGAAGAUUUAAAGGGAAGCGGAUCAUGUUUGUAGGUGACUCACUCAGCUUAAAUCAAUGGCUGUCUCUCACAUGUUUGCUUCAUACAGCUGUAUGUCGAGCCAAAUACAACUUGCAAAGGAUUGGCGGCCUCUCCACAUUCAGCUUCCCAGCAUAUGGAGUUUCAAUUAUGUUCUCACGCAAUGCAUUUCUUGUUGAUAUUGUUAAUGAAAAAUAUGGGCGAGUUCUCAAACUCAACUCAAUUGGGAGUGGACAACUUUGGGAAGGGGCUGAUGUAUUGAUCUUUGACACUUGGCAUUGGUGGCUUCACACCGGUCGAAAGCAACCAUGGGAUUAUGUCCAAGACAAUAAGAUAACUCACAAAGACAUGAAUCGAUUGGUUGCUUAUGAGAAAGCGUUGAGGACAUGGGCCAGAUGGGUGAACUUCAAUGUAGAUUCUGCUAAAACCAAGGUGUUUUUCCAAGGCGUCUCCCCCGAUCACAUGGAUUCGAGGGAUUGGGCGGAUCCGACAGCAAAGACUUGCCGAGGGGAAACGCUCCCAAUGAUAAGCAUGGACUAUCCUGGAGGUCCACAUCCGGCCCAAGUUGUUUUAAAUAAAGUAUUGCGAAGUGUGUCGAAACCAGUUCAUUUGCUUGAUAUAACAGCCUUGUCGCAACUAAGAAAGGACGGACAUCCUUCAGCUUAUGGCUACGGAGGCCGCCGCGGCACCGAUUGUACACAUUGGUGUCUCCCCGGAGUUCCUGAUACGUGGAACGAACUGCUCUUCGCAGCUCUCAUCCAAAGUUAAGGGGCUUAUCUUUCUACUAAUAUAGAACAACAUAAAAAUUAAGUUAAUUAUUCCAACAUACGUAAUUGGGAUCAUGUAGUAAAUCAAUCUAUGAUGGAUUGUGUUCCAUAGAUUAGUUAUCAAAUUUAAUGCUUAAGAUAUAUUUUAUUAGUCAUUUUGCAA